AUGGUUGGAGAUAAAAUUUCAACAAGUAUGUGUAUUCAUUAUCGAUCUAUAAAAAAUUAUCAAUCAACAAGUGUUUUACGUGAUCGAACUUCAGUUUCAGAUGGAAAUCAAAUUGUUUAUCGAAAUAUAGUUAAUGCUAUGAAAGAAGCUAUUGACAAAUAUUGUCCUUGUCAACAUGAACAAUUAUUAAAACCAAGUCAAAUUGAUUCAAAAUUAAAACAUAUUGUUACAAAACGACCUCAAAUUAUUCAACCAACAUCUUUACAAUGA